CUCGCAUCCUUGUGGCUCGUUCUGGAUUAUUUUUCAGACACACACAGACAGAGCAAGAAAUGGCGCUAACACUAAGCAACACCUUUCUCCAGAGAAAGCUCUCUCCUCCAACUCUUCCUAUCAAAAAGGCAAAUGCUGUGAGGGCAUAUCGUCCUCAGUGGACGUGCAGGAAAAAAGACAUACACCCACAGUUCUAUGAGGACGCCAAGGUGUACUGCAAUGGUGAACUGGUGAUGACCACUGGUGGGACUCAGAAGGAGUAUGUGGUCGAUGUCUGGUCUGGAAACCACCCCUUCUACCUCGGGAACCGCUCCGCUCUUCUAGUGGACGCCGAUCAAGUCGAGAAGUUCCGGAAGAAGUUUGGGGAAAUAUCACAGAUUAUGGAAAUUCCUGUACUCAAAUAUGGAGAAAUUGUGCUACCACCUAAACGCAAAUCUGGUUCUGGUAAAGGGGGAAAGAAGAAGUAGUUGCCCAAUUUCACGGUAAAAAGAAAUAGCCUCUAUUUGGUUGCAAGGAAAAAAAUUGGAAGCAAGUUAUGAAUCUUAUCUGUUUAUGUUCUUACUUUUCUCAGCUUCCAAGUAGGGCAAUUAGGGUUUUGGUUUUCUGUUUAUUGGACAGUGUAAUUUGAUUACUUGUUAUAAAUUUUUUAAAGUAAUCCCUAUUUCGUGUUCAGUAGUA